AUUAGGCAUCCUUCUCUCCCUCUCUCUUGACAUUGAUUUCACCGGGUCUAUAUAAACACCCGCACGAACUCAUGAACAGGCAGUACAAACUAGAGGAAAUCCCAUAUCUUUCCCAGCUUCCCUCUUCUCCUUUCUCUCUCUAGUAGUUGGAGCUUAUAGGGAGAAGAAAUGGCUGGCUUGGUUAUUAUUCUAGCAGUGUUUUGGAGCCUCUGCAUCUUGAGUAUCGCAUUACUGAGAUGGAAUGAGGUAAGGUACAGGAAGAAAGGAUUACCUCCUGGUACCAUGGGAUGGCCAGUUUUUGGAGAGACCACUGAGUUUCUAAAGCAAGGUCCAGGCUUCAUGAAAAACCAGAGAUCAAGGUUUGGGAGUUUUUUCAAAUCCCAUAUACUGGGCUGUCCUACCAUAGUUUCGAUGGAUCCAGAGUUAAACAGAUAUAUCCUGGUGAAUGAGGCAAAAGGCCUUGUCCCUGGCUAUCCACAGUCAAUGUUAGAUAUUUUAGGGAAAUGCAACAUUGCAGCUGUCCACGGUUCUGCCCACAAGCAUAUGAGAGGGGCAUUACUUGCUCUUAUUAGCCCUACCAUGAUUAAAGAUCAGCUGUUGCCAAAAAUCGACGAUUUCAUGAGAUCCCAUCUGAGCGACUGGAACAACAAAAUUGUUGAUAUUCAAGAGAAAACAAAAGAGAUGGCGUUUCUCUCAUCAUUGAGACAAAUAGCAAGCAAGGAAGCCAGCUCAAUAUCCCAAUCUUUCAUGCCUGAAUUCUUUAAGCUAGUACUGGGAACUCUUUCACUCCCUAUCAACCUUCCCAACACAAACUAUCAUCGCGGGUUUCAGGCAAGACAACACAUUACAAGCUUGUUGAGAAAACUGGUAGAAGAGAGAAGAGCUUCUGGAGAAAAUCAAGAGGACAUGCUUGGUUUUCUAGUAGGUGAAGAAAAUAAAUAUAAGCUGAGUGAUGAGGAGAUGAUAGACUUAAUCAUCACAAUCUUGUAUUCUGGGUAUGAGACCGUAUCUACUACUUCUAUGAUGGCUGUCAAGUAUCUUCAUGACCAUCCAAAAGUACUUGAAGAAUUAAGGAAAGAACAUAUGGCAAUAAGAGAUAGAAAAAAGCCUGAGGAUCCUAUUCAUUACAAUGACUACAAAUCAAUGCGUUUCACACGUGCUGUCAUAUAUGAGACAUCAAGACUAGCUACUAUCGUGAACGGAGUUUUGAGGAAAACAACAAGAGAUAUGGAAAUAAAUGCUUUCACUUCAAAAAUAAAAGAAUUGUACAAAAGCAGCAGUUGCACAUUCAAGCAAUCAUAGACUAAGAGAUCAUUUUUCUGUAUGGACCCUACCCUAUCACGAUCCACAUGGAUAACCUACCACUCCAACCCAAGACAUUCGAUUGAUGACCCAUCUCUGGUCCGAAGAAUUAUUUUGUCCAUUGUUUUGGAUAAGAAAGGAGGGAACUCAAUUCUAUCACUGCUCAUCUUUCCAAUCAGAAACUUAAAUUAUUCCUUUGUCAAGUCCAAGUGCUAAAAACAAUCAAUGAAUCUAAUUUCCGAAUUAUUAUUCUUAACCCAACAAAAGCUAGUCCACCACGAACUGUCCUAGAUUGUGUUAAGAGAAAGAACAAGCUUAAGGCCUAUAAUGUUCAAAUUUCAAUUGAAGCUUUCAUUUUUCAUUUUCUUGGUCAAACACACAAUGAAAUAGUGUUAGCACAGUC